AUGGAAGAAAUCGGCGAGGUUAAGUUUCAAAAAAAAUCAGGAAUUUCCAAGCUUGGUAAAUGCAUUGUCUGGUACUCUCAAGGCAAAAUCACCUAUACAAUAGGCCCUGACUGGAUGUUUAAUCUUUGCCUACUAUCAAUCAUUAUUUCUGCAAUGAUUUUUAAUGUUUUAGUUAUGGCUCCUAUGGUAGAUCCUACUAUGCAGUUUAUAGGCUUUGGUACAAUCAAAUCAAAUAUUAGCUAUUACGUUUGACGCCCACUACUAAGUUGCUAGCUGCCACAGCUACCUUCAAAACUGCUGUGAGGUAUGGCACCAUUUUCCUCUGGCUAGCCAAAGUGCGAAUACCUCCUAUGAAGACGCCAAACUUUAGGUGGUGCUCUUCUGGAAUAGGAUAAAACGCCUUGCUUCUCUAACAUAGUUGGGAUAAUUUCAACAAGGAACCCAAACUUCAUAAAAAUGCAGGAGAUGAAUUUUGGUCAGAGACCAGAAAUUCGACCGUAUCCAUAUGCUAAUUAUAGCUUUAGUGCAAUCACCUGAGUCCUUAUGAGCUAUUUAAUGACCGCUCUGAAAAAUCCUGGGAUUGUAGUAAAUGACACACAAGAAGAAAUUGAGUUGGGGAAGGCUGAAAAUAAAAGCUUUUGCAGAGUUUGUCAUGUUAUGACUGCAAAAGGAACAGAACAUUGUGAAGAUUGUGGGCUAUGCUGUGAAGGGUAUGAUCACCAUUGCCCACUUUCAGGAAAAUGUAUAGGAAAAGGGAAUAUUAUUUGGUUUUAUUUAUUUUAGCCUCAAUAUUAUAUUUCUGCUUAUUAAACUUCGAAGAGCCGCUGUUAUUCCUAACCCCUUACGCUUCCCACACUGCUCACCAGUUCGCGUUUGACGGUAUCACGAAGGUUGCUUUCUGCCGGACAAGGGUCUGCACUAGCUACCCGGUAGUUGAGAGAGUCGUGUCACCGUACUGUACGUCAAGAGAGGCCAUGGAAUAUUCAAACGGUUGAAUUUCCUUAUCGAAUCUGUCUAAAAUGCAAACUCAAAUCCCAUAGCAUAACCCUUGGUUUCAGUCCUGAUUGGAUAAUAUAAACACCACUGGCUUUGCUGGAAGAAUUUUCAAACUCUUAAGCCCAUUUCCUCCAGGCAAAAAGCUUGGUAUCGGAGUAAAGCUUGCAGUCGGCUAACCCGCUUCACCAAGCCGAGAAAAACUAGCCGAAUACACAUUCCCGAGAACCGUUUAUCUUCCUCGAGGUCCUGUACACUCUGCAGGAUGUCAGCUGCAGGAUAUAAGAGGGUAGGUUGAUUCGCCAUACUGCUUUAUUGUAUAUUUAUUUUUAGCCUCAAUUUUAGGCUUUUUUGUAUAUUUCAUGGUCUGGGCUUUUAUGGCUGCGAAGCUUCAAUUCGAAAGAACAGCAAGAAAUAAUUAA